AUGGCCCAGCCGCCUCCCGCCGCCUCUCCGCCUCCCUCCUUCCCGGGCAGGCGGCGGAGCAGCAGCAGCCCCGAGGCCGGCCAUGCCUCCCUCCUCCUCUCGCCUGCAGCACGAGCCUGCCUGGGGAGCCCGCGCCCCGCCGCAGCAUCAGCAGCCAUGGAGUUAGGGCCGGUGACCAUCUGUGGAGAAGUGACCGUCCUGCACGGCGGAUUCCUGCUGGCGGCCACCCUCAGCCACCCCAAGCCACUGUCGGAAUUGACUAAGUCGGACUGGCCCAAGGUUGGGAAGCCCAUCAUCGACGCCCUGCGGGAGAUCUGCACGUCCUACUCGUCUUACCCUCCUGAGCCCAAUGCUUGGAAGAAGAAAGCAGUCGUCAUCCUGUGGUCCAAAAUCCUCCUCUCCAAGGCCUCGGUCUCCGCUAACCAGCGAUGGAAAGACGACGCCUUCUUCUCAGCGAGCAACAUGGUCCCAGAGAUCAACCACACUGUCCUCUUUGAACUCUUCAAGGCGGUGAACAUGCCCCGGCUUUUCACGCAGCUGCUGCUAGUGCUUCCAGAACACGUCUGCCGGAGGGAAUUGGAGACCUUCGUGGCGUACGUGGGCCAGGAAACAUCACCUGUUGACGUCUCCUUCUUCUUGGACGUCUGGUGGGAAAUCCUGAAACACAAGCAAGGCCAAGAAGACAGGCUGACUUUGUUGUUCCGUGCCGUAUCCCACCAGCACCUCUCGGAGUCUGACGAAGCAGGCCAGCCUCCAAAGAGGUUCAAGAGCGAUACGCCUUCCUCACCGGAUUCUCCUGUGGCUGCCGGUCUCCUCCCAGUCUUGAUAGAAGGCCUGAAGUUGGUCAAGGAAUGUGUUGGUCAGGCCAAGGUGAAGUGUUACGCCCUCGCCAACUUGGUGGACGUCCUGUCCCUUUUGAUAGUGGCGGAAUGUGAGCCGAAUGCGUUGCCCGUUGAAGCGUACUUGGACAAGAUCUCUUCGGUGGUGACUCUCUGGGAGAACGACUGUGCGAACCGAUACAACCAGAGGGAGUUGGGCGAGAAGGUAAAGGAGGCCGAGAGAAGUGUGAGCCUGCUCAAUGUGGCCAAGGUGCCCGCCGAAUCCUUGCUGGCCCAUUUGAGCUUCCUCCGUUCCUUGCUGGACGAGUGGUUGGCAGAUCUGCAGCGCCUCCUGGAGGACCCUCAACAGUUCUGCUACGAAAGCUACCGCCUCCUCGACAGCUUGGCUUCCUUGGAGAAGAACCUGGGGAACCGUGCUCAUUCCGAAGACCUUGACAGCGAGACGGCGCAGGCGAUGUCGGAGCUGGGCGAACUCAUCACGGGCUUCCUGCAGAAGGUCAGCCCCCAGUUGAGGGGCAAGAACUCAGACAGCAACCUGAUGGCCUUGGUCACCAUGGUGAUUAUUGAGAAGAAGAUGGAUCGGCAUGUAGAAAUGUGCUCAGUUUUUGCCUCGGAGAAGAGCUGGGCCUUCACAAAUGACUGGGUCGCUUGCCUCGUUCGGAACAAGGAGCUGUUCCAGAAGCCGGAGCUGAUCCUGCAGUUGCUGGAGACGGUGGCUGCCUUUAGCAGCAAUGCCGAUGCCGCCGCAAGCCAGACAGACCAGUUGGAAGUGGCCAAAGUCAUCCUAGAGUGUUACAUGGCGCUGUCCUUGGCGGAUAAAAACACCGUGAUUUCGGGGGUCCUGGUGAGCUGGGGCAGGCAAGGCCUCUCCCGGGUUUUGCCGGCCUUCUCCGAAGGGUUCCAAGAGGAGCUCAACGUCGCCUUCAACCAGAUCAUCCAGAGCUCCUCCGGAGAAGGCUUCAAGAGGGCCGUGGCUUCGGUGUCCCGUCUGGUGGUGCUCAACCCAGAGGCCACCAUCAAGAAAGUCUGCCAGUUAGCAGUGACCAACUUGGGGGCCCACCAGUUCCUGGCCGAGAUCUUGUGUUCCUUCGCGGCUCUCAACUUCCGCGGGGGUCCAGAGACGGGCGCGUCCGACAGCCUGGUGCUGGGUUGCUUGAAAGAGGCUGUCUGGGAGAAGCUCUCUUCCGCCAAAGAGAAGGAGCAGUUCUUGGCCUUCUUGGAUUACCUCCUGCAGCCAAGUGGAGCCAGCCCCCUCCUCUCCCCGGCAGAGGUGACCCAAAACUUUGUCCUCCCGUUCCUGAAGUCGGAUUACCCCCGGGUCGAGCUGUGCCUGCAGAUCCUCGACAGGGCGCUGAAGGUCUCGGUGCCUUCGGACCAGGACUGGAUCCACACCUGCCACCCCUUCCCCCUCCUCUUCUGCCUCUGCAAGCUCCUCGAGGCUUUCACCCACUACUGGCACGAGCCCAAAGACCAGCACCAUUAUUCCCUCGAGACCAAGGACUUGGUGGCCACCAACCUGACCCAACUCUGCGACGUGGUCUUGGCCCAGAAGAGCUCCGUGCCGGCCGAGCUGUGGACCCAGUCGGUGGCCUGGCUGCAUAAAAAGGCGGCAGCCUUGGACUGGACCAUUGGCCUCCGCCUGAAGAGCAUCUACGGGGAGCACUUCAAGAACGAGGCCCCGGCAACGCUGUUCGAGGUCUGCAAGCUGCCGGAGGACGAGUGGACGUCCCGCCCGCUCUCCAGCUACGGGCCAGGGAGCGGCCUUCUGGCCUGGAUGGAGUGUUGCUGCGUCUCCACCGCCCUGCGGGAGCAGAUGCUGGUGCUGCUGACGGUGAACGUGGACAACCCCGAGGAAGUGAACCUCUUCAGCAAGGGCUUCUUGGUGGCCCUCGUCCAGGUCUUCCCGUGGUGCAGCCAGAGCGAGUGGCGAAGGCUCGCCCACGUGAUCAAGAGCCUCUUGGGACGGGAGGUCCUCUACGUGCCCUACUCGCUGGAGUACGUCCAGCACCUGCCGCUGCUCAACUUCCGGCCAUUUGCCUACCACCUCCAGUACUCGGUGCUCCUGCUGAGGGGCUUCCAGUUCCUCUGCAGCGCCAGCAGCGCGGCGUGGCUGACGGAGGAGGCGUGGCGGCACGUGGUGCGUCUCUACUGCCUCGGCUUGUCCGACCUGCUGGGCUCCGUCAAGAGCGUGGUCUGCUGCCAGUGGCGUUCCUCGGAGGAGAGGAACGUGGCCCGGGAGCUGGCCUUCGUGUACACCCAGAUGUUCUGCCACUUGCUGCACGUGGCGGCCAUGCUGCCAGACCACGGUGCCGGGGAGCCCCUCCUGCUCCUGGCCCUGGAGAUCCUCUCGCAGUACGAGGUGCUCUACGACGCGGACGAAUCCCUCGGCAGCGCCCUGCGGAAGGCCAACGAGAAGCACUUCCUGGAGUCCAUCGCCCAGAACGUCACCAGCAAGGAGCUGCGCACGAUGAUCUUGCAGAAGCUCAGCAAACUCUGAAGCGGGGAAAGGCGGGGGAGCCGGGAGCCUGGGCCGGUUUCGGGACCGGCUGGGCCCUGGCAUCCUUUUCCCUGGGCCGUGGGGGGGAUUUGCAAGACCAAAAAAUAAACCUUUUAUCUUUCUCCUCUCUCA